AUGGCGUCGCUCGCUGUGCUCCUCCUGAUCCUUUCUGCAGCUCGGGCCUCCAAUGCUGCCGCCGUCCGCGUCGGGCUGACGCUCAUCCACUCCAACCCCGAUGUCUCCGCCACAGAGUUCUGCGCGCCCUGCGGCAGCCAGUGCUUCAAGCAGGCCGGGCAGCUGUACAACCCAUCCAGCUCCACCACCUUCGGCGUGCUCCCCUGCAACAGCUCCGUGAGCAUGUGCGCCGCGCUGGCUGGGCCGAGCCCGCCGCCUGGGUGCUCCUGCAUGUACAACCAGACGUACGGCACAGGGUGGACGGCGGGCAUCCAGAGCGUGGAGACGUUCACGUUCGGCUCCACGCCCGCGGACCAGACCCGCGUCCCCGGCAUCGCCUUCGGCUGCAGCAACGCCAGCAGCGACGACUGGAACGGCUCAGCCGGCCUCGUCGGGCUGGGCAGGGGAAGCAUGUCGCUCGUCUCGCAGCUCGGCGCCGGCAUGUUCUCGUACUGCCUCACGCGAUUCCAGGACUCCAACAGCACGAGCACGCUCCUCCUGGGGCCGUCGGCAGCGCUCAACGGCACCGGGGUUCGUACGACGCCGUUCGUGGCCAGCCCAUCGAAGGCGCCCAUGAGCACGUACUACUACCUGAACCUGACGGGCAUAUCGGUCGGCACGACGGCGCUGUCCAUCCCUCCCAACGCGUUCGCCCUGAGGACCGACGGCACCGGCGGGCUCAUCGUCGACUCCGGCACGACGAUCACGUCGCUCAUCGACGCGGCGUACCAGCAAGUCCGUGCCGCGAUUGAGUCCCUAGUGACGCUGCCGGUGGCCGACGGGUCGGACUCCACGGGGCUGGACCUGUGCUUCGCGCUGACGUCCGAGACGUCGACGCCGCCGACCAUGCCGAGCAUGACGCUCCACUUCGACGGCGCGGACAUGGUGCUGCCGGUGGAGAACUACAUGAUCUUGGGCUCCAGGGUGUGGUGCCUGGCAAUGCGGAACCAGACUGUUGGCGCAAUGAGCACGCUCGGCAACUACCAGCAGCAGAACGUUCACCUACUCUACGACAUCCACAAGGAGACGCUGUCGUUCGCUCCGGCCAAAUGCAGCACGCUCUGA